CAUCGCAAGUCUUAGCUCUAGUACCACGUACUAGUAUACGAUCGAGUGCUGUUCUUCGAUUUGCACAAAAAAAUCAUUACCUAGUUAACAAAGUUUUGAGAAAAAUGUAAUAUUUGUUAAGUUUUCGAUUGUUUGAAACAUGUUUGGUGCUGCUAGUGAUAUGAAAAUCGAUUAAUGAGUUGAAAUAGUGAUCAUAUUUGUACAAUGACGACUUCAAGUUCUUUGAAAGAGUGAUCAACAUAUGGAACUAACUUUUUGCCAAGAGUACUAGUGUAGUUUUUCCUAGCGAAAAAUAAGAAAAACUAGUGCAUCAUGCCCAGAAAACUGUUGAAAUUCCUCAUCCUGUUCGAUAACUCGUCCCUGCUGUAUUUUCCUGGCCAGUUUCUAUCCGGAAGGGUUCUACUCGAGCUCCAAGAAAACACACCAGUACUAGGAUUACAUUUCCACGUAGUCGGAGAAUGUGUGGUACGCGUACGAUCGGGACGCCAUGAGCGAUCUUAUGAUAAGGAGAACUACAUCGACUUCCGAAUGCGUUUGCUGGGCGAUGCCGAACAUCAAGGACCGACGGUGCUUUCCCCUGGGAUCCAUAGCUUCCCGUUCAAGCUGGGCCUGCCAAUAGAUCUGCCAUCCACCUUCCUGGGUCGUUAUGGGUGGGUCCAAUACUAUUGCAAAGCGGCGCUGCGUGAACCAUCGGGAUUGAUUCACAAGAAUCACCAAGUCUUCAUCGUAAUGAACCCGAUAGAUUUGAACACGGAACAACCCUAUUUGGCGGAUCCAUUCAAAUGUAAUAUCGAGCAUAAUUUGGGGGUUGCCUGCGUUGGAGGCGGUAUCGUAAAAUGCCGAAUCAUUCUAGACCGAGGUGGUUACGUCCCGGGUGAAUCGAUCAUGAUUACGGCAAACGUUACGAAUUCCAGCAGCGUUACAAUCAAGAGUACCAAGGCUGCUUUAACGGAGACCAUACAGUAUUUUGCACAUGAAAAACUAAUUCAAACGGAGAAACGUGAGCUAGCGGUUAUUGCCAGAGGAAAAAUUCGUCCUGGUUGUCGAGAUGAAUGGCAAAAUGAGUCCCUGUAUGUGCCACCACUGCCACCAACAAAUCUACGAGGAUGCCAUCUGAUUCGGAUACAAUAUGAUGUUUGUUUUUUGAUCGAACCAAAAUCCUUGGAGAAACAGGUGAAACUACAGCUGCCCAUUACACUAGGAACUUAUCCAUUCAAAAAUGGCGAUGGAGAGGAUACGAACGAGUGGGCCGAAACGGUUUACAAGCCGGAAACGCAUUACCCCUCAACGCUGCCCAUUUUUAGACCAUGGCUACACGAAAAGGCCGAUUCCAAGUAGAUUGCGGUCUGGAAAUCGUGCAAUCAUGACAAGAAGAACAUCUUUACAGUGAUACAUUAUUGUUAGACAAUUGCAUUUUAUAGAAUAAGCACGAAAAGGCAUGAUCUAGGGAGGUACAGAAUAGUGCCAUACGACAAGUAUAAAAGUAUAUAUACGAAGAAAAAAUGGUGUAUUUUAG